AUGUCACUAAAAGUGCGCUACCAAUGGACUGGCGACCUCCGGGAAGCUCUUGCCCACAGCGUCAAGAAGCGGGAAAAGCUUUGGAAGAAGGUGCCCGUGGUCAGUCAUGACACCGAGUUGAGAGCUAAACUUUGGGCGGAGGUUGCUGAUGAGCUCACCCAGCAGUUUGGAAUUCAAGUCGACACCGAUGACAUGAAGAGGACAUGGAAAAAUUUGAAGGAUAACUAUUGGAGGAUUACCCGACUAUACGAGAGCGAUCCUUUGAAACCUAGACGAUGGCGAUUCUAUAAUUGCAUGAGAUUUAUGGAAAGGGCGAACAUCGACGAUUCGAUAGCUGUCGACGGCCAGCCUUCAAACCAAUCGGUUUCUGAGACAUCACAAGCGAGAUUAGAAAAGGCUCGAAUUCUCAUUGACGGCAUAGCAAAACGAUUGCGUAACGAAGACCAAGAUGCACAAUUGAGCGGUUCAGAUGGUGGCAGAUCAAGUCAAGAGGGAAGCGAAUGUGGUGGAGCACGAAACAGUCUGGGACAACGUUUGCGAGAUUUGAUCCAAAUUUCCAUACCGGAGAUCGACCGAUAUAUAAAAACCAAACAAAGACCUCUAACAGGAGCCGAGGUGUACUGCAUUCCAAUUGAAGAAGUCGACGAUGUAUUGGAAAAGAGAUUAGCAAAGGUAUGGAGCGAGUUAGAUGCCAACCAAGAAAUAAUAGAAGACCAAUUGGACAGCGAAAUUGAUGCUAUGCAUGUAUACCAAGCAGAAAAUCUCAUC